GCCCAUUGACAUGUUUAAAUUCUCACUUAACUAUUUGUCUGCUGUUCAUUAGACAAACAUCGAAUAAAUUCAAUAUUAUGAUGAUCAAUUAGUGGUAUUUUACAUUAUCAAAAUGGCUAAAGAAGAACAAAUUUGCAGAAUUGUUGGUACUUGGCCAUUCUCAUUCGAAGCUGUUAAACAUGCAUCUACUGUUAUACAAAAGAGUAAAGGCGAUAAUGUGUGUAUUGAUGCGGUUGAAACGGGUAUAAACAAGAUAGAGAGUAAUUCAGAUUAUGGUAUAUAUUUUGUUGGGUGUGGUGGAAUCAGAAAUAAAAAUGGUUUCCUGGAACUUGAUGCCGCAAUAAUGCAUGGUAGAAAUCUUGACUAUGGAGCGGUCACAGCAAUUCAAGGGAUUAACAAACCUAUAUCAGUUGCAAGGAAAGUAAUGGAUAAAUCUCCGCACAGUAUUUUAACAGCCCAGGGUGCACAACAAUUCGCUGUUAAACAUGGCUUUGAUUUAAAUCAUGAUUUGAUGAUACAAAAAUUAGAUCCAAAUAAUAGUAAACCUAGAGGGCACGAUACUCUCGGUCUUAUCUGCUAUUUGAAUGGUGAAUUUGUAGUAGGUGUGUCUACAAGUGGAAUGGGUGGUAAGGAAGCUGGUCGAGUUGGUGAUAGUGCUAUCUGUGGCGCAGGGUUAUAUGCUGAUAAUGAAGGUGGGGCAGCAUGUUGUUCUGGAGAUGGUGAUUUAAUACUCAAACAUUGUCCAGCUUAUCGAGUGGUCAGUUAUUUGAGAAUGGGUUGGAAAUCUGAAGAUGCCUGUAAGAAGGUUAUAACAGAAAUUAUGAUAAGAAGUAAAGAUUUUAUUGAAUUAGUUAUUAUUGCUGUUGACAAAGAGGUAUUCUAUCCUAAAAUUAUCUUAAAAAAAACUAGAAUAAUUGCACUCUGUAUAUACCAAUAUAUAUAG